CUGAUUUCUGAAGAGAAUAUGAUGUCAAAAAUAAUUCAGUAACAUUAAUGACGACAACGUCCCACCAAUCAACAUGCAUGCACGUCUGAUCCAUACCAAGCUCCCAAAGUUUUCAACUAUAAAAACAUCCCAAUGCACCCAAAGUUUUCAUCACCACAAAUUUGAACUAGAGCAUUUAAGCUAAGCACCCCCUAAGCUAGCUUUUAUUGCUCUAGUGCCCCUAACACUUAUUACUAUUAGCAACCGAACCCACAAUUAACCUCACCAUUCACCAACAUCUUAGCAUGGAAUUUGAAACCAGCUACCACAUCAACCUCAACGGCAACGGUAACACUAAAAUAAACGGUAACGGUAAUACCAAGGACAGUGGCAUCGGCAACGGUAACAGCAACGAUAUCCACCACUGUCACACCAAUGACCACCACCACAAUAACGACCAUGCCGUAUACGAAGCCAACCAAGUCAUCGUCGCCACCGUCAAUCAACCGAAAUCCAUCAAAGCUCGCCUCCAAGCCGGGGAUUGCCUGUACGGCAUGUCGUUUCUUAGCUUCUGUCCGACCAUGGUGGAGAUAGCGGGAUGGUCUGGCUAUGACUUUGUCAUCCUCGACCUCGAGCACGGCUUCGGAGGCAUCUCCGAAGGCCUGCGAUGCAUCCAUGCACUCACUGCGGCCAAUACUCCUGUCAUCGUUCGUGUGCCGGAGCUUUCGCACGUGUGGGUCAAGAAAGUCCUGGACCUUGGUCCCCAAGGCAUCAUCUUCCCUCUCGUCGAUGGCCCUCAAUCUGCCAAGAAGGCCGUCUCCUAUUGCAGGUACCCUCCAAAUGGAGUUCGUGGAGUGGCAACACCAAUUGUGAGAGCCUCAAGGUUUGGAAUCGACGAGAGCUACGCAAAGAAGUACGAGAAAGACUUGUUGAUCUUGUGUCAGGUUGAGACCGCAGAGGCCGUAGAAAACGUAGAAGGGAUUGCAGCCGUUGAUGGGGUUGAUGGAAUUAUGGUUGGACCGUUGGAUCUGAGUGCAAGUGUUGGAUGCAUGCACGAUCCCAGAAAUGAAAAGGUGAAGGAGAUGAUGAGGAAGAUUGAGAGCACCGUGUUAGGAAUGAAGAGGAAAGAGGGCGGUGGGCCCUACUUGGCUGGCUUCGCUAUGCCAUUUGACGGUCCGGAUCAGUUCAGGAGCCGCGGCUACAAAUUGAUUCGUGGGGUCACUGAUGUUGGCUUGUUCAAGAACGCAUGUGUUGGUGACGUCAGCAAGUUCAACAUGAACAAGAAGGUUGUUAACGGUGAGUACUAAUAAUAGUUGGAGGGCACUAUAUAUAUUUAUUUCGGAGAAUAAAAAUGUAAUAAUGAGUAAGAGCAUGGUGAAACAAGUGGUUGUACUUCUUGUAAUUGAUUCUCAUUUGAUUACUGGAAGGCGGGGACUUGGGCAAAGAAGUGUAAAACAUCUUUCAAUAAAGAUGUUUAUUUUCUCUAUUGAUUGUUAUGUAUUAAAUUUUUGA